AUGCAAAUCCUUUCGUGUAUUGCCUUCCUCAUCGCUGCUGCACUCUUCGGUGGUGCAUUCGCAAGCUAUGCACCUCAUGGUCAUGCCUCUAGCUAUGCUGCAGUAGUGCAAGAAUUUCAUCAUCAUCAUCCCGACACUACUCAUGAUCAGCAUGAACACCAUAAAGAGCAUUACGAACAUCACGAACCUCAUCACUAUCCCAAAUACGCUUACGAGUAUGGCGUCAAGGACCUGCACACCGGUGAUCAUAAAAGCCAAUGGGAGUAUCGUGUUGGCGAUCAAGUCAAGGGCGGCUAUACUUUUGCCGAAGCUGAUGGCACCAUACGCCUUGUAGAGUACACAGCCGAUGCUCAUAAUGGCUUCAAAGCUGUGGUGAAGAGAAUCGGCCAUGCUCACCAUUAUGGUGGCUAUGGCCAUGAAAAUGGGCCUCUUGGUCAUGAACAAGUUGGUAGCUACUAUCGAAUCAAUCAACAACAUUAA